UUUUUUCUUUCUAUAGACUUGGUCCACUCGUCUUCCAAUCAAGUCUGCCCCCUACUUGUUCCACUUCUCUCCUCUUUUGGCAUCUCCUUUCUUUCCGUGCUUGCCUGCCAUAAACACACCUGCUGGUCUCGGGAACCAUGGAAUCAGAUUCAAUAGAAAUGGACGGGCAACAUUCGGUGUCUUCGCUUGAAGAACCAAAAAGGGAGGAGUCAGUAGUGGCAGAAACAUCAAGUUUUAUUCCAAGAACAAGGCCUAACAACUUCCUGAGUAAGCAUCGAAUGGUAGCUGCAAUCACCCAACUUCAGAAUCAAAUCAAUUUCAUACAGGAGGAGCUGGACCAGCUUGAUACAUUAGGGGAAUCGUCAAUUGUUUGCGAAGAACUCCUGUCAAGUGUUGAAUCGAUUCCUGACCCACUACUUCCAUCGACUCAAGGUCCGGUAAACGCUAGCUGGGAUCGGUGGUUCAAAGGGAACCAGAACUCGCGAAGACGGUGGAUCUAAGGAGCUUUUCUUCUUACAACAUCUAUCCAUGUAUCGCCACCACUACGCCUACCAUUUCAAAUAUGUAGUGCCCAAUAAACGCAGACAAGUAUUAACGGAAUGCAACCUUUUAUUUUCUAGAGAAAA